GAGGGGGGGUUCUUCGAGGGUCGCGCGUCCCUUUUUCCCCCCUUUUCUUUUCAUUAGACCUCCAGCAAAGUUCGAGCGGCCGCGUUUCGUUCGCUCAGUGUCUCCACUCCGGAAGGUCCAGGCCGGGUCAGGUGCCAUUAUGAGAUGUCGUCUCUCAGCGCCUCCUUCGUGCAGAUCGCGUUCAGUGACAUCCAGUUCCACGAGAGCUGUGGUGGUGGCAGCUUCGGGAGUGUGUACCGUGCCCGCUGGAUCUCGCAGGACAAGGAGGUGGCGGUGAAGAAGCUGCUGAAGAUUGAGACCGAAGCUGAAAUCCUCAGUGUUCUGAGUCACAAGAACAUCAUUCAGUUCUAUGGAGCCAUCCUGGAAGCGCCCAACUAUGGCAUUGUCACGGAGUACGCUGCUGGAGGGUCUCUGUAUGAUUACCUGUCCAGUGAUGAGAGUGAGGAGAUGGACAUGACGCAGAUCAUGACUUGGGCUGCAGAUAUAGCAAAAGGAAUGCACUACUUACAUUCUGAGGCUCCGGUGCGGGUCAUCCACAGGGACCUGAAGUCCAGGAAUGUGGUUCUGACUGCAGACAAAGUGCUGAAGAUCUGCGACUUUGGCGCCUCCAGGUUCCAUUCCCACACCACACACAUGUCCCUGGUGGGCACUUUUCCAUGGAUGGCCCCUGAAGUGAUCCAGAGCCUGCCGGUGUCUGAAACCUGUGACACAUACUCCUACGGAGUGGUCCUCUGGGAGAUGCUCACUCGGGAGAUUCCCUUUAAGGGUCUUGAGGGCUUACAGGUGGCCUGGCUGGUGGUGGAGAAGCAUGAGAGGCUGACCAUUCCCAGCAGCUGCCCUGCUAGUUUUGCUGAACUCAUGAGGAAGUGCUGGGCGACAGAUCCCAAGGAAAGGCCCAUGUUUAAACAGAUCCUGAUGACCCUGGAGACCAUGUGCAACGACAGCCAGCUUCCUGGACAGUGCAAUUCCUUCUUACACAACAAGGCUGAAUGGAGGGGUGAAAUUGAGGCCACUCUGGAGAGGCUGAAGAGGCUAGAGAGGGACCUGAGCACCAAGGAGCAAGAGCUCAAGGAGAGGGAGCAGCGUCUGGAGACGUGGGAGCGAAGGCUGAUGGAGCGCUCUGCCCCCCCGCCCUUUAUACCCGUUGCUGCAAAGAUAAGCAAAGAGUCCUUCUUUGAGUCCAAGACUGAGGAGUCAAACAGUUCUGAGAUGUCAUGUCAGAUCAUGACCUCCAGCAACGGAGAGGUGGAUGGGAGGAGCCUGCAGGCCAUGAUGAGAGGCUUCGGGGACAUGUUCGCCAUGGACCUGGCCAACCCCGUGCUGCACUCGGGCAUGCAGCUGAACAUGCAGGCCAAGCAGAACUCCUCCAGGUCCAGCAGCAUCCGUAAGGGACGCAAAAUCAACAUGGCCAUCGAGCUGGAGGAUUUUGACUGGUCUGAGGACAGUGACUAGGCCCUGGCAUGGCUUGGGGAGGUGGGGUGGGGUGGGGGGCGUCAGUUACCCAGCUUGGCCUCUGUUAAAACUGUGAUCACGUAGCUGGACACCUUGGACUUCCAAGUUAAAAAAUACCCUGAAAUAUUUAUAGAUAAAACCAUUAUGUUCAUGGAUAUUUCAGACACAAGCCAUUACUGUGCUUUUCUGACAUUUUGCUUAAAUUGUCAAAUUUCAGAUGGUUUGCUGCAUGUUGCAUAAGCGUUUUCCUUCUUAUGCAUUUAUGGAGGAAAUCUAAUUUUAAGCGAUUGAUGGAUAUAAAAGUUCAGCAAUCAGAUGGGAUAAGAAACUCGCGAGAGGCUCACAGACACUAUGUAUAGAAUGCUUAGGGAGCCGUAGAGCACUUGGCCCUGACAGAUGCCACCUGUGUCUGCAGUGAUGAAUGCAGAGUGUGUCAUGCUGGGAGGAAGGAGUAAGAGGAGGAAAUCACAUUGAGACACUGACGCUUUUAUGACAAACUGACAUUUCGCUCACAGUAAGACUCGGUAAUGUACCUUUUCACUCACAGUCAGGCGGUAGAGCCCCGGCCAUAGAAAUGGGUGUGAUGGGGUCUGACCCCAGAAUGGGGACGCAUUUGUGAAGACGGCUGAUUCAGUCACCACUUAUACCAGCGGGAGGGCAUAUUUCCACAAAGCCGGUGAAUUAUCUACUUUCCAUACUCUUGCAGUCAAGUUUUAAGUCCUUUUUGAGUGUCACGGUGGAUUGGUGACGUACAACAGGGCAUCCAAUCAGGCCGAUCCGUUCUGUGCAUAUACAAUACGAUUUAUUCUAACAUAGUGCUCCAUCCUGAUGAGAGUGUUUAAAGCAAAAAGCAAAUUCAUUGAAGCAAACAAGUGAAUAAACGCUUAGGUAAACAAGAACUAACAUGCCCACUAAUGCGCUUUAUGAAGACAAUGAAGUGAUGAGAUGUGAUGGUGAGUUUCGCUGUUUACUGGCUUGAGGUGUCAGGGAAGUUGAACGUGCAGGUUUGUUCAGUCUUACUCUGGUGACCUGUGCAGGGAACACAUCCUCCUUGCUCUCAAGGAGAACAUAUUAUUUUGGUGACAUUCAAGGGCGAACAUUACUAAAUGGGUUAUGAAGCAAUAACCCUUUAAAAUAUUCAGUACAUUCACAAACAACUUUAUUUGUAAAAUAUCCUCAGUACGACAUUUCAAACAUACAUUCAGCUUUAUCAUUUUUACCUGCUUUUGAUUAGUGAAGUCUGUAAUUAAACCCUGCAUAAUGUCAGAUGGUCUUUGUUCAGGCACAGAUUUAAACACAGACCAAUGGGUGGCUUGAUGAUGUCCCCGACCGAGCUGUUUGUUUGGCUCAUUAAUGCACCGGUUUCCUGUCUAACGCCGUAAAAGUGCUGUACGCAGAUUUUUACUGGGACACUUGGCGGGGCCCAGACAGCAGGGAAGACUGCAAGGGUCCACUAUCUUGGCAACCCUGUUUUAAACCUUCAGCCCCAAGUGUCCUAACCAGCAUCAGCAAAUUCUGCAGUAGACACAACUGACCAGAGGGGGCGCCAGAGAUCAACCAGAAUUAAGAUUGGAGCUGCAUGGGGCAAAUAUUGAACUGAGCCAAACCAGCUUGGGUGUGCAGUACUGAAAUGAUGGGCCACGCUCAGACAGGUGUGUUACUUCCUUUUACACACUGUGUCUCUUCCUGUUGUGCGUUCAUUUUUAUUUUUAAUAUAUUCUUACUUAUUUACCUCCGAGGAUACAUUUUGUCAGCUGCUGCUGUUUCAGUCGGAUGUCAGCAACCGUGCUUCUCCGUGUGGAAAGCCGACCACUUUUUUUUUUUUGUCAUCGUAUUUAAUAUUUAGGGUUGCUAUGUCAUAUGCACUGCGUUUAAAUGCUCUAGUAACUUGUUUUAUGAAUACUAAAGUGUUUGGCGUAUUGUUUGAGAUGGUCAUUUUUAUUUUUCACACUAAGUUUGAAAGUAUUUCUGUGGGAAUGCGUUUUGCUGCUUUCUCUUCAGUACGUGUGUUUUUCAAUAAAACUUUG